GUGCGAGGUUCUCAUUUCGCUCAAUGGCAGCACAACGGUCAUUUCGUCCGGCCUGCUCAAGCCGUUCGCGAGCCACAUAAAGGCGGUGGAGGAUCAGCUCAGCAGCGGCUCGCACCUUAUCAAGCUCGACCCGCGCACACGCACGCAUUUCCUGAAGCUUCAGAGGCAGAAGCUGCGGGGGGGAUAUGUUCCGCCUGAGGAGGAGGAGGACGGCGCGGAUGUUGACGAGUUGAUCUCUUGGUUCACUCGAACCACCGUGGAAAGGGCGGUGUCGUUCAUCAGCUCCCCAGGGCUCAUCGAGCACGCCGUGGCGAUCGAGAGGGAGUUGCUGCACCUCGAAGAAUCGCUCACCGCCGAUCCCUCUGCCUCUCCCGCCGCCGACUACGCCCAGAACGACACCAAGUCUGAUGCAGGUUUGACCGUCACCCCACCCAGCAUAAACGGGUUGCGAACGGUGGCGGAGAGCAACGGCAACGAGGAAGGAGGCGAGCUCAUCAUGCGCAUCCGCAAGGCGAUGCACAUGCGCCUGGGCAUGCUGAGGCGCGAGCAGAACGUGGCGGUGGCGCGCGCAGCAGCGGGCGGAUUCACGCGCGACAUCCUCUCGUCGCUGCUGCUCUUCGCCGACUGCUUCGACGCCCCGCGCCUCAAGCAAGCGUGCGUCCAAUUCUCCACGCUCCUCCUCCGCCGCGAGCUCCAAGCCAACCCGCCGCCCGCCGCCCCCCCCGCCGUGUCCGCAGUCUGGCUUCCCCUCGCCCCGGAUGCCGCCACCACCGCCGACCCCGCGGACGCCGCCGAAUCCGGCGGAGACUCCCCCGCUGCGGACGCAGCGGCUGCGGCUGCUGGACCCUUCGCUAUAGGCACUCCCGUUGGUGGUGCCGGCCAUACCGGCCCGUACUCCUUCGUACCGAUGUAUACUCCCGGUUCGUCUGGCUACACACCCGGCAACCCCUUCCCCUAUGGUCUCGUGGCUGUAGCGCCCGGCGCUACAGCCGCCGCCGGCCAGUUCCCCGCCGCUACAGACAUGGUGGGGUUCGGGCGCGGAGGGGGAAACGGCGGAAGCCUGGCGGGGGGACCGCCGGGGGCGGUUAGGAUCGGGGGAAAGCCGGUGUUCGGAGUGCAUCACCACCAUUACCACCGCAUGGGGGGCGGCGGGCGGAAGAACCGCGCGGCUGCGCGCAUCUCCCCCAAGCUCCGCUCGUGGGGGAACAGCGGGGGCGCGGGCGGCGCCGGUGCUGGUAACGGUGAGCGGAACGGGGAACUCGCUGACGUCAGCAGCGCGCGGUACUAUGACUCGGAUUCCGGUCUCCCUGCCGGAAGGGCGCGCGGCGGAGGCGCAAGGGGAGCGGCGAGCGGAGGAGGCGGAGCGGGGGAGGAUAUGGGGAAUAUGUCCGAAGCGGACAGUUUCAUCAGCACCGUUGAUGUGGAUGUGAUGAACGGUGCGGAUGCGGAGAUGCUGGUGCUGGGAGUUGCGGGGCGUCCGGGGAGCGCUGGCGGGGAAUUCGCUGGGAGCCGUGGCUGGAGCAAGGGGAAGGGGGGUGGCGGGGGAGGGGGAAUGGGGGGGAUGCUCCGGCGCAGUGGGAGCGGGAGCCUGUUUGUGCGCCCGUCUGCUGUUGCUGAAGGCUCAGAUGAGUUUGAUGACGCGGAUGAGGAGGAGGACGAGGAGGAUGACGAAGGAGCGGGCUUUCCAGGGGGGAGAAGGCAGCAGCAGCGCAACAAGCAGCGCCAACAGCAGCAGCCGCAGCAGCCGCAGCAGCAGCAGCCGCUGCAGCCGCAGCAGCAGCAGCUGUCACAGCUCGUUCUAGACCCAGAGCUGAUGCGGAGAAUCCAGGAGGUUCAGCUGAUGCAGCCGGGGAACCAGCAGGAGGCGGAGCUGCAGCAGCAGAUGCUGCAGGACCUGCUGGCGCGGCAGCAGCAGCAGCUGCAGAUGCAGAUGCAGCAGCAGGAGCGGCUGCUCCAGCAGCAGCAGCAGAUCCAGCAGCUGCAGCAGGCGAGCAAGCAGCGCGAGGAGCAAGAGCAGAGGGAGAAGGAACAGCAGAGGGAGAAGGAGGAGAAGGAGGAGGAGGAGCAGAGGGCGCUGGAGAAGGAGCUGGCUGGAAAGGACUGGCUUGCGGAUCCCACCACUCUGGCGUUCCUGAAGCAGCCUAACACAGCCCCAGGGGCGACAGCAGGAGGCCCGGGCGCAGGGGGAAAUGACAACGAUUUCAUGCUCAUGUCUGGUGUCUCCUCCUCUCCUUCCCCCGAUUUCCUCACUGGUGGGGGAGGAGCAGGAGCAGGAGCGGGAGGGGUGUCUGCUUUUGACCGCUCCCGUUCCCUUAACCAGGUGCCUUAUAACGGGGGCGCGAAUCUGGAAGCGGAGAUGCUGGGGGUAGUGGCAGGGGCGGGCGCGGGGGGGGACUCCUCCGCCCGGGAUUUCCUCGGGGAAGAUGCGCUCCGUGGGCCUGUGGACGAAUCUGGACCGUCGAACCAUGAGGAUCUGAUGGCGUGGGAGGCGUCGCUGGGUGAGGCGAUGCUGGUGGGAGGAGGGCCGGAUGGUUCUUCCUCUUCGUCCUCUUCUCUGUAUGGAGAUGAUAUGGAGCUUAGCCUUGCUGCUGAGAGGGCUGCAGGAGAAGCAGCAGGAAGGGGCGUGGGAAGGAAAGUUGGGCCAGGAGGAGUGGGAGCGAGGGGAGUGGGGGGGGCGGGGAGAGGGCGGGGAGUGGUGGGGAGCGGUGUGGCGGGGCGAGCUGGGAUUGGCGCGCGUGGGCGGAGUUUGUCGUCGUCUUCUGCUGUUGGUGCGGGAGCAGGACGUGGCAGGGGCCGGGCGACAAACCCGCAGGACCGUGUUCUGAUGGAGAUGGAGAGGAAGCAGCAGGAGGCCGCUCGCCGCAGGGAGGAGGAGAAGAAGCGGCAGCAGGAGGCGAGGCAGCAGCACCUCAAGCGUGGGGCGACAGGCCUCGUCCGUUCCACCUCCACCUCGGGCAUUGAGAGGCGCCGCACCACCCCUGCCACGUCUGCUACUACCGGCGUUACCAGUGGUAACCGCACUGCUACCGCCGGUGGGGCUGCUAGGGGUACCCUUGGGUCCCUUGCUGGUAGCAGGUCCCUCUCCCAGCAGCAUACUGCUUCCUCUGCCAUGAGACUCGCCGCUGCUGGGGCUACAGCUGGUGGUGCUGCUGGUGGUGGGUCGUCUGUUUCUGGGGCUGCACGGGCAGCUGGGCGUGUUGCCGCACGGCCCUCGAGCCCUGACCUGUGCCGGGCCGGGCAGCGGAAAGUUUUGUCCAGCCCGGGGUCAGGACCGCGGAGUGCGACUGGUGGGGCGAAUGGACGCAGCCGUGACAUUGUGAAUGCUGUUCCCUCCGCUGCUGCUGCUGCUGCUGCUGCUGCAACUGCGGCGAGUGGAAAGGAGGGAUCAAAGGAACCAGAAGCUUCUGAUGGCUAUGACCCCAGUGCUGGUCCAGGCAGUGAGCAGCAGCAGGGGCAAGAGAAGGAGAGAGAGAAGCCAGGAAAGGAGAACAAGGGGAAGGAGGCCAGCGCAUCACCAGCAGCACCACUCACAAUGGCAGCAGGGGGAGGAGUGAAUGUUGGGGGAGCAGCAGUCUACCACCACCCCCCUGGCAUGCCGCAUCACUCCCCAUACGGGUCCCUCCCAGAGGCAGGUGGGGUGGCACAAGGGCGACGGGCAAGCAUGGAGGGCCAGGAGAAACUCGGGAUGCUGAAUAAUGGCGUCCAUAUGACCAAUGCUUACGGGUAUACUGCACAUACUGCACCCCAUCAGAGCCACCCUGCUGCUGCGCCUAUGCUUGUUCAUGGGGGUCCCGGCGGGGCAAGCCCUGCAGCUGUGGGGUUUGGCGAGGGGCUUAGAGAGGCAAGGCUGAAGCAGGAGCGGGAGUAUUUGGAUAUGUUGAGGGAGAGAGAGGCUGCGUGGGUUGGAUCGGAGCAAGAUGGGGGGGAGAAGAAGAAAUCGUCUGGCUUGAGGAAGCUGUUUGGUGGCUUCGGAAAUCGACCAAUGGACGAGGAUGAGAAACAACAGGAAAUUGCUUGGAAGAGUGAAGGCCUUCGACCGUCACUGCAACAUGGUCUUGGAGAACGUCAAAGAGAUGUGGACAGAGGUUCCAAAGACUGGGAAGGGGAAGAAGAAAGCCAAGCCAGUGAAUAA